GUUUACUGAACAAAUUUCGAAUGUUUACAAGCUUGGGAUGAGGCAAUCCUAGCUUCUUCAGCCCCGCCUUUCUGCUUAGCUUUCCAAUGAUUCGGUGGUUAUCCCAGCUAGCUCUAACGGUCGAGAGCAGCGUUGCCGGUGCUACGACAUGACGCUUAUUCGAUAAGCUCUGCGAAGCUCACUCAAGAACAUUCAAUAGCCACGGAUGCCGGUAUAACACUAAAGCCUGUGAUCCGGUAAGUAAAUGUAUUAGCGAGCGCAUGAUGAAUGAUCGGUUUGUCAUGCGAGACUGGCAGCUCUACGCAUUUUCUCCAGUACCGAGGCAGCAACGAUGUGGUCCACCAGUAGUAGAUGGAUAAAGGAACGCUUUUAAGAGACGCACAUCUCUCAGCUUAUUCGAAACAUAACGAGCACUCUCAUCAGCUGCGCCAAUACUCUAUCAAGCUACUACGAAAUGGCAUCUCCAAGCUCAUCCAGCCCUGUGGAUAGAACUGCUCUAGUUCUCAUCGACGUUUACAAUGAAUUUCUUCACCCUGAGGGAAAGAUCAACCCUUUUGUCAGCGAAUCCAUGGCCAAGACGAACACUUUGGACCAUUUACAAGAGGUCGUCAAAGCAGCUCGCAAGGCCGGCAUACCGAUCUACUAUUCUUUGCAUCAGCAAUGGAAGGAAGGUAACUACCAGGGAUGGCUCCACAUGAACCCAACGACAUCUGGAAUGAGCCAGCAUAGGCUGCUCCAGGAAGGGAGUUGGGGAGCCGAGAUCUAUCCUGGACUAGAGCCAGACGUCUUCGGAAAUAAAGACGUUGUAGUCAGUAAGCACUGGAAUAGCAGUGGAUUUGCGAAUACCGACCUCGACUACCAGCUCCAUCAACGCGAAAUUACCCAUUUAGUAAUGGCAGGGAUGAUUGCAAGUACAUGCCUUGAAUCCACCGCAAGGUAUGGGAGAGAACUUGGAUACCAUGUGACGAUACUGUCUGACGCCACGGCUGGCCAUUCGCCUGCCUACCACGAUGCGGGAAAGAAUCUGGUCUGGCCGCUCAUCGUAGAUGAAGUGAAGACAGUUGGCCAGUGGGCUGAAAGUCUUGAAGAGGAUGCGAAGAAAGACAACCAAGUCAAGUCCGGAUUGUAGAUUAUCUUUGACGCCAGUGCAACCAUACAUUAGCCACUUUGAGGCGCAAUACACCUUCC